AUGUCAUCGGCAAAUAAAAAGAAAUUCACAAUUUCCGUUGAGGGUAAUAUAGGUUCUGGCAAAAGCACUGUUUUGUCACAUUUAGCGAAAUCAUCAUUAUGCGAUAUUAUUCCAGAGCCUAUUGAAAGUUGGACAAAUCACAAAGGACAUAAUGUUUUGGCUAUGUUUUACGACGAUCCUCAUCGAUGGGCUUUUGUGUUUGAAACGAAUGCUUUGAUGUCGUUGACUAAAUUGCAUAUGCAAGAUGCCAAAGCACCUGUUAAAGUCAUGGAACGAUCGAUUCAUAGUGCACGAUACUGCUUUAUCGAAAAUCUUUAUCAGAGUAAUGUUCUGAAAGAUGUGGAAUUUCAAAUCUUAGGUGAUUAUUUUGACAUGCUCACUGCUAAUGAAACAUGCAAAUUGGAUUUAAUCAUUUAUUUACGAGCAACGCCAAAAACGUGUCUCGAACGUAUUCGAGCUCGUAAUCGUCCUGAAGAGACAAACAUCGAUUUGAAUUAUUUAACAACUCUUCAUCGCCGACAUGAAGAAUGGCUCAUUCCACAUGCUUAUGGUGAUACACCAUCACCACCCGUACUCAUUGUCGAUGCAAAUCAAAACAAGGAACGUGUUUAUACUGACACAAACAACCACGUUAUCAAUUUAAUUUCUUGCUAA